CCGAGCCGGCGGCGCCCGGCCCCGCGCCCGCCGUUCAUGAAGCAUGUCGGCCGCCAGCGUGGACCCCCAGAGAGCCAAAGGACAGGAGAGUAAAGUACAAAAUGGCUCUUUGCAUCAGAAGGACGCAGCCCACGACAGUGACUUUGAGCCCUACCUUUCCGGACAGUCGAAUCAGAGCAACAGCUACCCCUCCAUGGCCGACCCCUACCUGUCGAGCUACUACCCGCCGUCCAUCGGCUUUCCCUACUCCCUCAGCGAGGCGCCAUGGUCCACCGGCGGGGACCCCCCGAUCCCGUACCUCACCACCUACGGGCAGCUCAGCAACGGAGACCACCACUUCAUGCCCGACGCGGUCUUCGGGCAGCCCGGGGGCCUGGGCAGCAGCGUGUACCAGCACAGGUUCAGCUUCUUCCCUGAGAACCCCGCCUUCUCGGCCUGGGGCCCGGGCGGCUCUCAGGGGCAGCAGGCCCAGGGGUCUGCCUAUGGGAGCAGCUACACCUACCCCCCCAGCUCCCUGGGCGGCACCAUUGUUGACGGGCAGACAGGCUUUCCCAGCGACACCCUCAGCAAGGCCCCUGGCGUGAACAGCCUGGAGCAGGGCAUGGUCGGCCUGAAACUCGGGGAUGUCACCGCUGCCGCCGUGAAGGCGGCGGGCUCAGGCAUCGGCAGCGCGGCCAUGGCGGGCGUCCUCGCAGGCGGCGGGGGGGCGGGCAGCGGCAUGCCGGUCUCCAAGCCCACCUCGUGGGCCGCCAUCGCCAGCAAGCCUGCGAAGCCGCAGCCGAAAACGAAGGCCAAGGGCGGGCCCGGGGCCGGGGGCGCGUUGCCCCCUCCGCCCAUAAAGCAUAAUAUGGACAUCGGCACCUGGGACAACAAGGGGCCUGUGCCCAAGGUCCCAGCGCCCCAGCCCGCGCCGUCCCCCCAGGCCGCCCCCCAGCCCCUGCCGGCCGUCCAGCCUCUUCUGGCCCCGCCUCCCCCCUCGGCCCAGCCGCAGUAUCCCAGCCCUCAGCCGCCGCCCCAAGCCCGCUGGGCGGCCCCUCGCAGCAGAAAUGUGGCGUUUGGGCCAAGCGGAGGGAGCGGUGGCGACAGGGACUCCCCUGCAGGCAGCCAGCCGGCUUCGGCCCCAGGCGGCGAGCCCCACCCCGUCCUGGAGCAGCUGAAAGCCGCCCACAGCUACAACCCCCGGGGCUUCGACUGGCGGCUCCGGAGCGGGCGCGUGUUCAUCAUCAAGAGCUACUCGGAGGACGACGUGCACCGCUCCAUCAAGUACUCCAUCUGGUGCAGCACCGAGCACGGCAACCGGCGGCUGGACAGCGCCUUCCGCGCCUCGGGCAGCAAGGGGCCCGUCUACCUGCUCUUCAGCGUCAACGGCAGCGGCCACUUCUGCGGGGUGGCCGAGAUGAAGUCGCCCGUGGACUACGGCGCCAGCGCGGGCGUCUGGUCCCAGGACAAGUGGAAGGGCAAGUUCGACGUCAAGUGGAUUUUCGUCAAGGACGUGCCCAACGCCCAGCUGCGGCACAUCCGGCUGGAGAACAACGACAACAAGCCGGUGACCAACUCCCGGGACACGCAGGAGGUGCCGCUGGAGAAGGCCCGGCAGGUGCUGAGGGUCAUCGCCUCCUACCGGCACACCACCUCCAUCUUCGACGACUUCUCCCACUACGAGAGGCGGCAGGAGGAGGAGGAGGCGGUGCGCAAGGAGCGGCAGAGCCGAAGCAAGCCGUGAGGACGGCCCCGCCUGCGCACGCCGGCCGAGGACGGCAGGAGGACGCGUCGGC